AUGGCAACUACAGCCAUAAAGCCAGAGGUGUCAACCUUCUCUUAUGCACAAGCCGCCAAAGGGCUAGCUGCAUCAUCCACAUCACAAAACGCCAAGACUACAGACCAGUCCGGAAAGUCCACACAGGAUAGUGAGGUGACUAAGAGCUCAGGCCCGGAACAUACAGCCAAUUCUGUCUCUGCAGAGUCUUCGAGAUUGUCUGAAAAGGCGGAAUCUAUUGCCGAUCAUGAAUCCAAGUCUGCUACCACUGGCUCGACCAAGAACGCAGUCUCCGGUGCAUCAUCUCCAUCAUUUGGAACUGCUUCGACUUCGACAUUAGCGAAAGAAGACGAGAUCCCCACAAUCACGAAUGGCGAUUCUCACUGGGAGAACAAGUCACAGGCUUCAGCCACUGCCGACAAGUCGAAUACCAACAACGACAAGGAUGAGAAAAAGGAUGACUCUGCCAAACCAGCAGACAAGAAUCUUCCUCUCAAGGAGCUCAAGGCAGCGCCUCCUCCAGCUGUCAAUGUGUGGCAACAGCGGAAGGAAGCUCAAGAAGCCAAGGCCAAAGCCAGUGCUGCAAUGUUGAAGUCAGCGAAUACUGCAACCAAGGCAAUUCCCUCCAAGCCUGCUUCGCCAGCUCUUGAUACGACCAAAGCCGCCAAUAAGAAAAAGACGGCCAACGAUAGCCAAGCUGAUGCAUCCAGUUCGGUGAACAAAGACCGAAAGCGAGUUGAAAAUGGCAAACUUCGUGAAGAAGAGUCGGAUAUCGCACCUCCACCGGUCGCAGAUUCAACUGCAUGGCCCACACCACAAACCGCCCUUGGUGAAGAGAAACGCAAGGCGCAGGAAAAGAACGAUAAGUCUGAAAAAGUUGAGAAGACCCCAGCACCUCGUGGCAAGGAGAAGUGGACUCCGGUGCAGUAUGUCCCCACUGCUGUUUUCAACACACCACUUCCCUCUGGAGCUCGUCGCGGAGGUCGAGCGUCCCGUGGUGGCCGUGAGGGAGGCCGCGGUGGUGCCCACAGCUCCAAUAGCACUGCGAACAAUAGUACAACCGCUCCUGGGGACGCCAAAUCCGCUGCUACUCAACCGAACCAGGCGCAGCCCAAGCAACACGCUAGUUUGCCUGAUCGAGGACGUAACGAAGGUGGUCUUGCUCGUGCCAACUCUUUACCUGCCCAAGCUAGGAAGCCCGUCACCACUGAGGCCAACGCACAACAGGGUGAACAGCGACGCUUCCCACCCAACUCCGAGCGCCCUCGUGUUGACACUCGUCCUAAGGCUACCGAAGAGAACAAUGCUGCGCCAAAUGGAACCGCUUACCCUCCUGUGGACGCUGCUGCAAAGACUUACCGCGAACCUCGCUCUGCAAAGGCACCAGAAUUCAUCCCUGCCCACAAAGCAUCUGAUCACAGCCCACGUUCAGGAUCAUCCCCCAGCGAUGCUCAAGGAAAUGGUCGUUUCGUUCCCAACCAUGAACGGCGAUUUGACAAUACAAAGUCUGUCGACACUUCACGCGAUGUAAACGGAUUCGUCCCUCGUGAUCGUGAAUUCAAAGACUACACCCGUGAGAAGGGCGAAUAUCAGCGCGACCACCAAAAGGAGCGUGGCGAAUCACGACCUGAACGCGGCCGUGGCACAUACCGAGGACGAGGUAAUCAUUCAUACAAUAGUCCUCAUAACCAACAUUUCCAAAAUUCGCAAGUGCCUCAGCAUCCAUUUGUGCCAAAAUCUUUCAGCGCCGGUGAUCGUCAGCGUUCGCAGCAUCAGAACUUCCAGAACGGCACGCAGCCUCAGCAUGUCAACCAUCGCCUUUCAUUGCGAUCGCCUCCCAUGCCUAACUCUGCCGGUCUGUACUCUGCCUACCCUGUGCCAGAUAUCAACACGAUGUACCCGAGUUACCAUGUUGCACCGGGCCCAAUGAGUGCGAUUCCCUACCAGCCGUACAUGGAACCAUUCAACCUCUUCACCUUGAUUCAGAUGCAACUUGAAUACUACUUCUCGGUGGACAACCUCUGCAAGGACCUGUACCUUCGGAAGCAUAUGGAUUCGCAGGGCUUUGUUCGCUUGUCAUUCAUCGCCGGUUUCAAGAGGAUCAGGAACCUUACCGAAGAUUUCGAGAUGCUCCGCCACUGUGGCCGUCAGUUGCGAAAUGCUGAGUACAUCCUUAGCGAGGAUGGAUUGGAUCUAUUGCGCCCACGUGAGAAAUGGGAGCACUGGGUGCUUCCUAUGGAUCAACGUGACUCAUCCGCUCAAAACGAUGGUAACGCCGCAGCAGCUUUACAUCCCAUCGAAGGCAACAACUUCGCUGCGCCCGUGGCCAACGGUGUCAAUCACAAUGAUUACCAGGGCGCACCAAAUGGUCUGCCAAACGGUGUACAUGAACAGGCGGAUCCUCAGACUACGCUCUCGUCAGCGGCUCCUGAAUUUACCCCGUACGUGGCGGUUGGUGAUCACAACGAGAAUCCUAAUGGUACUGCACAGUAAUGUUACAUGAGUACCGGAUAGUUUUUUCCUGAUCUUAGACUUGUUGAAUGCCAAUAUCUUGAGCUUGCUCUUUUCGUUUGGUGGUAAUGAAUGGACACCAGACCCGAGUGCCGGCACUCUAGGGUUGAUUAUGGAAGACUGUCCACGAUUGAGGAACCCUCCCGGCACUGUUAUGAUUCUCUAUUACAGGCCUGUCCGCGAUUGAGGAACCCUCCCGGCACUGUUAUGAUUCUCCUAUUACAGACUAUUCGAAAAAUCAUCUUCUUUUCCUUCUGAGCUACGAUACACGACCGAUAUCGCCACGUACAUUUUCAAUUCUUUUCACAAAUUUGGAGUCGACUUGCACCCGUGAAGCAUAUCUAGAACUGGAACAAUGUGUGCAGGACCCGUGGCAUGGGCUUUGACCUCUGACAGCUUUUUUCCUCGAUUUACUUUCCUGCUUUCGCCAGAUCGCACCUCGAAGCAGACUUCACGAAAGAGAACGGAGAAAAGGUACAAAAGCAUACUACCACAUUUCGGCGACCGGGCUGGCUCUUUGUUUUAUUCUUGAUUGCUUCUUGCUUUUCUUAUUCCGUUUCUGCAAGCUGGUAUCGACUUCCAGCGAGCCGUUCUUCUUUCCUAUCGCCCGGUAUCCGGUUCAUAAUGAUCACGCGGCUCAGUGGGUUCAAAAGUUUCCAUCUCGAUAGAGUUGCAGUUUUCAGCAAUGCUUCGACAUGUCUUUUUGUUGUCUUUCCAUCUCUUCGGGUUUUAGCGAGCAUUUUGCGCGAAAAAGGACAAAAAAAAGUGCCCACAGAGGGAAUUCAUUAUUUCAAAAAAAUUUCAUGGAAUUCGCCUACCAUUUUUUUCAUUUCGGGGUUUACGCCGCAGAUGGUGGGAUUAUUAUUCUCCAAAGGAGGCAUUGGACGUGCUGGCCUUGAGAUUUCCCCUUUCCAGUGCGUCUACUUCUAAUGAUGUACUUGUUUCUCUUUAUUUCAUCUAGUUCCCCAUUAUCCCCAUGAUUUUCCGAAUCUUCUCGUUUUUGCAUGGCAUGAGUAUUGUGAGAUGUAUUUUUCUUUUUUUGAUGCCUUUUUCUAUUCAACCUUCGACCAUGGAAGUUUUUGUCGAUAAAUCAUCAGGGUACGUCUGCAUUUGUGGCAAGAGGAGUUCAUCGAGCAGAUUCUGUCAAUCAACAAUGUUCCUAUUGCCGUAGCUCAAUGCUCAUUCCCUUUCAAACCCGGUGAGCGACUUGAAAGUUAUUCAGCACGAGCAAAAUGGAUCAUUGUCUUUGACAUCUGGUGUUUUCUUCUUUUCUUUUUUCUUUUUUUUUUCACUUUCUUCGCUCUGUUCUUCACUUGAGACUGCGUCGGUGAACUCACGAUGCAAUAUGUGACUUGUAAGAUUUCGGAAAGGUUGCAUUAGUAAUCGUUAUUAAGGAUCAGGACAAGACUCAACUCCUUAAUAAGACUUUUCUGCUGUGC